AUGUUUACGCUCCGUGGUUGCAAGGCACGCUUGGCCAACGCGAUCAACAAUUUGACGCGGCUGGUCAACUCGGCGAACUCCAAUUACCCAACCGUCUUCCAUUCGGACGCCCACCCGGCAGUACAGCUCCGCACCCUCCAGCGUCGAAUCGAGGACAUGGGAAACGCCAAGAUCUCCAUUGAAAUAGCAUUGGAGACAUUCCAACAGCGCCACGAACACGCCAUAAGCUUUAUCGAAAACCAACCAAACGCCAUAGAGCUUAUGGAUGCCUUUGACAUCUACUGGCGUGAUCACAAAGGUGACGAAAUGGAACCAACCGCAACCGCUACCAUCUUUGCCCUCGACGAUCUUAUCCGCAAGGAAACCGAACUUGCGGAUAUGCUUCGCACCACCAUAAGCGCAUCCACCACACCACAAUAUAACCCUACUAACACCACUAAUGAGCCGAUGGAUGUUACAUCCAUCACAAACCCUACCCUGACACCACCGCAUAUGUCCGGAGGCUCAUCACCACUAUACCCUGCUGCGGAUACCAUGAAUGUACAACUCCGCAAGGUAGAGCUGCCUACCUUUGAUAGGGAUUUCUCCACCUAUUAUGAUUUCUGGGCCAAAUUCAAGACCGCGGUCCACGACAAUCCAUCCCUAUCCACCGCUGCCAAAUUUAUCCAUCUUAGUAGCAGCCUUAAAGAAAUUAGAGAACUUGCCAGCGUCGUCUGCCGCCGCUUCAUCGCAGAGGGACACGUUAUGCCAGAUCCAAGCAUGUAUCCUGCAGCUCAACCGUUUCGAGGACACGUCAACAUCGCUAUCGCUCAAGAAGCUCAUACGCAGCAAAUUCCCACGAGAGACUCAGCUGGAAGUGAACAGGAUGGAACACCGGUCAGGUACGAUUUGGAAGAUGCAUGA